AUGAUGCUUCUACAGGACUGUACACCGCUUAAUAUUCUCACUUGGGCACCCAUCCUCAUUGGACUCGUCCAGACUGCAGUUUUCUCUGCCCUACGUGUCUUUGCUGUCUGGGACAGGAGCUACACCUGGUCACUCAUAGUGUUUGCGCUGAGUAUGGUACCAUUCCUGACGAACCUGGUUAUUGCGGCGGUGUCGAAGUACCGUUCUGUCACGAAUCUGCUCUUCGAAGUGACGUGCAUAUUGGAGAUACCGUUGUCCGCACAGGCAGCCACCAUGACAUUCGGACACUGGAGGCGCGCCCGCAGGCUCAACCUUAGGGUAUCGCUGACGGCUUGUCUGCUACGCGACGGAACGUUUUAUUUCGUAACUCUGUUAGCGAUAGGUGUUGUCCAAUUAGUUACCGCAAACUUCCCUCCGGACCUAACGCUUGUGGGAGCGUUCGUCACGACUCUGCCCCUGGUGCUCAUUAACCGCUUCAUGAUUAACCUACGAGCGGUUGAUUUGGAGCCGCUUGACUACUCUGAGGUCAGCGAGUCUACUGGGAAAUAUUGGAGGGACGCUGCAGGAUUGUUCGAGCAGUGA